AUGGUUGUUAAAUCAACAUUGACGUCUUCACGAGCUAGGGUUAGAAAAAAGAGAAACAAGAUUUUAGAAGACCAAACCACAAUAUCAGAUUUGCUUCCGACAGAUCUCCUUAUGGACAUAUUAAAACGGUUACAAGCAAAAACCCUAGUUAGGUUCCUAUGCGUAUCAAAGCUUUGGUCAUCAAUCAUCCGCUGCAAAGAUUUCAAGAAACUCUUCCUCACCGAGUCUUCGAAUCGACAGCAUCCUCUUUUCUUUACCUCGAGCCGUGUCAAACACGGAAAAGCAGUUUUUGGCCUUUUCUCUCUUGACACCCAUGAUUCAGGUGAAGCCUUAAUUAUAGAUGCCUACCAUAAAACACAUCUUCCAUAUUAUUACACAAACGCUUCCCAUGUUGGCGGUUUGAUUUGCUUUGGCACUGGAUUAAAUUAUGUGGAACUUGUAGUAUACAAUACAAGCACAAGAAGAUCAAUCACAUUGCCCAAACUUGACUCUCAAAGUUAUCUUAAACACUUCUUGAUUUAUGAUCCUAUCGAUGGUGUUUACAAAGUCUUGUGUAUGACUCAAUCAAGGAAAACACCAGAAUGGAAGCUUGUGUUUCAGGUUUUGACUUUGGGGAUUGAGAAUCCAUGGAAGAUGAUUGAAGGUGCAUGGCAUACUCAUCAUGCAUUGCAUACUCAUCAUACACCUACCAGUUACGAUAUAUGUAUCAAUGUUGUUUUAUAUUACCAAGCUUAUGAUGUGGGUGAUUAUUUCGUCGUGCGUUUUGAUGUUAGGUCGGAAAAAUUUGAUCUUAUAAACAGACCCGACGAAGUUAAUGCCAAAUUACUAAGUGCAACCAUUAUGAUAAGGUAUGAGGGGAAGCUAGCUCUCAUGUCCACAUGCAUCUAUCCUGAGGAGCCUGAGCUCAUGGUUGGUUGCACCGAGGUUGGUGACUAA